GUCUUCAUCCAGGGUACAAAAAUAACUUGUGAACAAAGAGGGAAUGAAAAAGCUGUUGAGGCUUCUCCGGGGCUUCUGCACAAUGUAGUUCCUGAGAAGAAAAGACCCUUGGACAACUGCAAGAUUUCUUGGCUACAUUUGAAGUUGUGCUAGAGGACAGAGAAAAUGGAGGAAUAUCUAGUAUGCGAUAGAGAUGGAAAAGGCCCUCCAGAGGCUCAUUCUGGGACCUGUAGGGAUAUCUGGGCAGAAACUGGGCAGGAGGUCCUAGAGAAGAAGACAAUCAGUUCAGAGGUCCAGCGCAGGCUCUUUAGGAGUGUCCAGUACCAAGAGUUUAAGGGGCCCCGAGAAAUUUGUAACCACCUUCACCACUUUUGUCGUCAGUGGCUACAGCCAGAAAGACACACUAAGGCUCAAAUGUUGGAUCUGGUGAUCCUGGAGCAGCUCCUGGCCGUCCUGCCCCCAGAAAUGGAGAGUUGGAUCCGGGAAUGUGGAACAGAGACGAGCUCUCAGGCGGUGGCCCUGGCCGAAGGUUUCCUCCUGAGCCAGGUGGAAGAGCAGAAGAAGACAGAGAUGCAGGAGUCAUUCUUGAACAUAGUCCCUGAUCAUUCCAAGAGACUGCAAGAUCCAUCAAAUUGCUCUCCAAAGCACCUUUCUAGGAUGUUCGCCGAGGAAGUUCAAUAUAAGGACACUUCACUGGAAGAUGGAAUAGUUCCAUUGAUAUUUCUAGGAUCGCCUCCGUGUACUGGUGGAGAUGGAAAAGUAACUGAGUCAGCUGUUCAGGAGAGUUUUGUCCCUCCAUAG